AUGUCACAAAAGAGAACCCUACAUGCCUUUUUCGCACCGGCAGCCAAGAAGGCACGCCUGAAUGAAGACACGUCCAAUGGACCCAGACAUUCCGACCAUCGGCAUUACCCUUGCCCUAUCCUGGACGUACCUCAGUCUAUGAGCAAAGCGAUUGCAUCGUUACCCGCACGGACGGGCAAGGUGAUCAAAAACCAGCCCCAUCUGGACCUCCUAUACUUCGAGCCAUAUAUACCCAGUGAUCUCGCCAAAGACCUCUUUGCGUUCCUGCGGUCGGAGCUCCCCUUCUACCGGGUCGAGUACAAGAUCAACAGAGGCGGCAUCCAGACAGACGUCCGAACACCCAGGUACACGACCGUCUUCGGGAUAGACGAGACAGCGCGCUUCGCGGAAGAUGGCUCAGUCGUCGACGCCAAGUCGGGAGAACCGGUUCAAGAUCGCCGGUACGAUAGGUAUCCACCCCGGCCGAUCCCAGGGUGCCUAGACGAGCUGAGGAGGUCAACGGAGACGGCCACGGGAUGUACCUUCAACUUUUGUCUCGUCAAUUACUAUGCCUCGGGAGCGGAUAGCAUCUCGUUCCACAGCGACGACGAGCGGUUCCUGGGACCGGAGCCAGCCAUCGCGUCUUUCUCGCUCGGGGGGAAGAGGGAUUUCGUCCUGAAACCCAAGCCAGUUCCGAAAGGACCCGACCCAGACCUUUCUCCCGUGGCAAAGACCCUCAAGUUCCCCCUGGCCAGCGGACACAUGAUCCUUAUGCGUGGUCCAACACAGUCGAACUGGCUGCACUCCGUCCCUAAAAGGGGCGGCAGGAACCCGGAGGAUGGGGGAAGAAUCAAUAUCACGUUUCGGAAGGCUACAAGCAAGGAUGGAACUGAGAAUUACUAUAACUACAAUGUUGGAACCGGCCCAGUCUAUAGAUGGGAUCGAGCAUCGCGGCAGAUGAGGGUAUCAAGUAGUCCAUGA